UUUCUCGCAGCCGUACGCACGGCUAUUUAUCCCCCCACAAUUCUUCCCCUGCUUCUCGGUCUCACUCCUGCUUGUCGCUCUGGACUUCCAUGCUCCCGCGCCUCGCUGCUCUCCGCCCGCUCAGCACCGCCGCCAUGUCCGCCAAGAAGAAUCUCAUCUCGUUCCACUACGACGUCGUCUCGCCAUGGUCGCUCAUCGCCUUUGAGGUGCUCCUGCGCCUGCGUCCCGCCUGGGACUGCGACCUGGAUCUGCGCCCCAUGAACCAGAACUACAUCAUGAAAUUCUCGCAGAACAAGCCGCCGAUGUUCGUGCCCAACAAGGGCGCCUACAUGUCCCUCGAGCUGCGCCGCGCCGCAUCCCUCUUUGGCGUCGAGGGCCUCAGCAUGCCCUCGGGCUUUCCUGUCGACACGACGGGCGCCCAGCUGGUGCUGCGUGCGCUCAAGGAUGCGUCCGACAGCGAGGCGCUGGCGCAGGCCACGCGCGCAUUCAUGAGCGCCGUCUGGAAAGAGGACCGGCCCGUCAAGACGGCCGCCGACAUCAAGGCCGUCCUCGUCGACAGCAAGAUCCGCCUGCCCGCGCCGGCGAGCACAGACCUCGACGCAUUCAUUGCGCGGGCACUGGAGAAGGACUCGUUUGCGCGCCUCAAGGAGGAGACGCGCAUCCUCGUCGAAGAAGAAGGCGCAUUCGGCGUGCCGUGGAUCAUUGUCACGCGCGCCAGCGACGGCCGCACCGAAAAGUGGUUUGGUUCCGACCGCUUCGAGCAAAUCGCCGCGUUCUUGGGCCAGCCGUACAAGGGCGUGUUUGGCGACUCGCGCAUUCCCCGUCUGUAACGAAUCGUAUCUCCCUGGCUGGUAGUCCGCACAACACUUGCUUGUCUGCUACGCAUUCAUUGCUCCAAAUUAACAUUCAUUUCCAACAGCAAAGAAAAGAGUAUGUGCAUGGCUCCAGAAGGAGCACAGCAGAGUCAUAGGGGGUCAUAUAGGGAGGAGGAGCGAGA